AUGGCCGGCAACUCGACGACGCCGCUGCCCGAAGACGACAUCGUCCACGAGACGAAGAGCCGCGGCCGCGCAGUCGCCGGGGGCGAGGGGGCCGUCGCGUCCGUGUCUGAGGCGCUCGCCGAGGCCAUUCGUCGCGAGCACGAGCUGACGUUCCGCGACGCCGUCCGCCUGUACCCUGCGGCCAUUGGCUGGUCGGCGUUUGUGUCCAUCGGCGUGAUUAUGCUCGCGUUCGACCCGCAGAUCCUCGGCGGCUUCUUUGCGACGCCGCGCUUCGAGCAGGACUUUGGCUACCUGUACGCGCCCGACGACGAGUACAUCAUCAGCGCCCCGUGGCAGAGCGGCCUCUCGCUGGGCAACCCCAUCGGCCAGGUCUUUGGCGCGCUGUUUGCCAGCUACCCGAUGGACCGCUUCGGGCGCAAGCGGACGUUUGGCGCCUGCGUCGCCCUGACCGGCGGCCUCGUCUUCAUCCAGUUUUUCUCGCGCGCGCUCAGCACGCUGCUCGUGGGCGAGCUGCUCGGCGGGCUCGUGCUCGGCUGCUACGUCGUCAUCGCCCCGGCCUACGCCUCCGAGGUCUGCCCGCUGGCCCUGCGCGGCCACCUGACGUCCUACGUGAACCUGUGCUUUGUCAUUGGCCAGCUGCUCGGCAGCGGCGUCACGGCCGCCACCGAGCACCUCGACAGCCGCUGGGCCUACUCGAUCCCCUUUGCCCUGCAGUGGUUCUGGGUCGCCGUCAUCCUGCCGGGCCUGUUCUUUGUGCCCGAGAGCCCGUGGUGGCUCGUGCGCCAGGGCCGCACCGCCGACGCCGAGGCCGUGCUGCGCCGCCUGGCGGCGUCCAAGUCGGCGUCGGUCGACAUUGCCGCCUCCCUGGCGGCCAUCACCGAGACCGACCGGCUGGAGCAGGCGCUCGAGGCCGGCAGCACGUACCGGGACUGCUUCCGCGGCGUCAACCUGCGGCGCACCGAGAUUGCCACGGGCGUGUACUGCACGCAGGUGCUCAGCGGCAUCUACAUGAUCAACUUCAUCACCGUCUUCUUCAGCCACGGCGGCCUGUCCACGACGACGGCCUUUGACAUGAGCAUCGGGUUUCUGGCGACGGGGUUUGUCGGCACGCUCGUCUCGUGGUUCCUCAUUCUGCGCUGGGGGCGCCGCACCCUCUUUGUGGCCGGCCUCGUCGGCCUCGCCGUCCUCAUGCUCCUCGUGGCCGUCCUCGACUGCGUCCCGCGCCCGGCCAGCGGCGGCGACCGCCUGGACUGGGCCGAGGCCGCCCUGCUUCUCGUGUGGAAUUUCGUGUACGACCUCUCCAUCGGGCCCGUGUGCUUUGUCAUCAUCUCCGAGUGCUCCGCAACACGCGUGCGCGCCAAGAGCAUCGCCGUCUGCACGGCCGCACAGGGCGUCCUGGGCAUUGUCAUGACCGUGGCCAUCCCCUACCUGAUCAACCCCGACCAGGCCGAUGCGCGCGGCAAGGUCGGCUUCUUUUUUGGCGGCCUGACCCUGUUUUGCCUGGCGUGGACAUACUUUCGCGUGCCUGAAACGGCCGGACGCACAUACGAAGAGCUGGAUCUUCUCUUUGAUCAACGGGUGCCAGCUCGCCGGUUUAAAGGGUACCAGUUGGACAGGCUGGCAGGAGAGUAA